AUGGGUAGGAGUAAUGCCUUUGUGUCUCCACCAGAACAGCCACCAUAUUUUCUUUCACAGCCAAACCCACCUUUUUCUCCCACUGCUCGAUCUGAUAGUUUCAGCUUGAACGAUAGGGCGUUGAAGGUUAGUCCAAGCAUCCUUUUGAUCAUUAUAAUUCUGGCUAUUGUUUUCUUCAUUUCUGGCCUGCUACACCUGCUGGUUAGAUUUCUGUGGAGACCCCAAACUAGAGAGCCUGAUGAUUUGGACAAUGUCACUGCUCUUCAAGGCCAAUUGCAGCAACUGUUCCACCUCCAUGAUGCUGGGGUUGACCAGUCCUUCAUUGACACCCUCCCUGUGUUCCUCUACAAGGCCAUCAUAGGACUCAAGAACCCGUUUGACUGUGCCGUUUGUUUGUGUGAGUUUGAGCCCGAGGACAAACUCAGGUUGCUGCCAAAAUGUAGCCACGCUUUUCACAUGGAGUGUAUUGACACCUGGCUCUUGUCUCACUCUACUUGUCCUCUUUGUAGAGCCAGCUUGCUCCCUGAAUUCUCUGCAGGUAACGCACGUUCUCCCAUUGUUCUUGUCCUAGAAUCUGGAAGUGAGAGUUCCAGGGAGAUUGUUCCUGAAAGAGAGGCUGCCGUUGGAAGGUCUAGUUCCGUUAUGACUACAAAUUCUCGUCUUGGCUGCCAUGGAGAUAGUGAAUUUGGAUCAACCCGUGUGGAUUUAAAAUCAGGUGAGUUAUUAAGUGAAGCUCCUGAUCCAACAGUACCCAAUGGUGUGGAAAAAGUGGUUAUUGUUAAGCUGGGAAAGUUCAAAAGUGUGGAUGGUGGAGGUGACGGUGGGGAAGGGAGUAGUACUACCAACAAUGUGGAUUCUAGAAGGUGUUUUUCUAUGGGGUCAUUUGCUUACGUUAUGGAUGAGAGUUCCGCACUGCAAGUGCCCAUAAGAACCCCGAUGAAGAAGCAAUCGAGUAAGAAGAAGUCUGGUUUGCCUUUGACUCCAGGACACAGGCCUGCAAUGUCAGAAUGUGACUGUGAAUCCAGAAGGGAUUUCAAGUUUGCAGGCUUUGAUGCAACUAUAGUUGAGGAUGAUGCUACUAGUACAGGGGUUGCAACUGAAAGGACAACUUGUAAUGGAAAUAGUGCUGCAAUUGGAAGAGGCAGAAAGGAAAGUUUUUCCAUAUCAAAGAUUUGGCUUAGGGGGAAGAAGGAUAAGCCAAAUGCUGCGGCGGAUUCCUCUAGAAGGGCUGUUUCAUUUCGCUUCCCGGCGAAGUCUAGUGCUGUUGCUGCUUCUGGUAGUGUUGGUGAUGAUUUGAAAGACAAGAGUUCCAAGCUUGAUACAAGGAGUACUAUUUCUGAGAUGGAUAUUGGGAAAUGGGAAAAUGGAGGAGGAAGCGAGUUCGAUUUCGAUGAGGAAAGCCACAGUUGUUAUAGUGUGGAUUCUUCUCAAGCUAGGGCGCCAUCUUUUGCUAGAAGGACUUUGCUUUGGCUCACAGGAGGAAGACAGAACAAGGUUGUUCACUCUGCUUCCAACCUCUAG